GGGCGUGUCCUGUUGUUCAGGGAAUUGUUUAUUUCUGUUUAAACUGUCUCCAUAGUGAUAGCGCGUGCCUAGGAACGAUUUUAAACCCAUACACGACUUUGAGUUGGUGCUUGGCUACAAAUCAACUUCAGAUAAUAAGACCACCGAAAGCGACAGGAGAUCAAACCCAAGACUACACAAAGCGACAGGAAAAGAAGAAACUGAAUGGAUCUACGAAGAUUUCUCCCGGGUCUGAGGAGCUGGACUCCCCGUCAGAUCGGCUUUGCUGCGGGGCUGCUCGCUGUCUCUGCAGGUGCAGGUUACUGCGUUUACCGCUACUUGCAGGGACAAAGCGCUGCUGCUGACCACACUCAGCCAGCUCACGACUCUGUGGAUGUGCUGGGAGAAUCACUAGAUACUCCCUCUGUCCUCCAGGUCGUUGAGCCCAAACUGCUGGUGCUUCCCACGGAACCUCAGGUGGACACUUCAGCUGUCACUCUGCCUCCCAGUGCUGGUGAGCUGAAAAGAGCCUGUUGUGAUGUUCAGGUCUCUCCAGACUCCAUCAGCUCCCAGUCUGAGUCAGUUGACAUGAAGAGAGAGAAAGAAACUCACCAUGACACUUCAGCUGUCAUUCUGCCUCCCAGUGCUGGUGAGCUGAAUAGAGCCUGUUCUGAUGAUCAGGUUCAGACUCCAGACACCUUCAGCUCCCAGUCUGAGUCAGUUGACAUGAAGAGAGAGAAAGAAACUCACCAUGACACUUCAGCUGUCAUUCUGCCUCCCAGUGCUGGUGAGCUGAAAAGAGCCUGUUCUGAUGAUCAGGUUCAGACUCCAGACUCCAUCAGCUCCCAGUCUGAGUCAGUUGACAUGAAGAGAGACAAAGAAACUCACCAUGACACUUCAGCUGUCAUUCUGCCUCCCAGUGCUGGUGAGCUGAAAAGAGCCUGUUGUGAUGUUCAGGUCUCUCCAGACUCCAUCAGCUCCCAGUCUGAGGAAUUCUCUCAAUUUAAGGAAACUGAGGAUCAUCUCACUGAAACUCAGGUUGUUGAGCCGUACGAUGAGCUGCUGCCCACCGCAUCUCACGAUGACCUUUCAGCUUUCGUUCUGCCUCUCACUGCUGGAAAACUGGACCACGCCUGGAAGAAUGUUCAGUUCCUCUGUGCUGACUACUUUAGCUCCCAGUCUAGGUCAGUGGAAGAUAAAACCUGCUACUUCAGGAUGAUAAGGGGUCCGGAGAGUGUGUUCUGCUGGUUUAAUAACAACAAGACCUGCUACUUGAACCACAUGGGAUUCCCUUAUGUUACCCGUAUUGAGGACUGUUUUACUGGCAUUAAGAGCGUAUCUGGGAGGGUUACAGAAUAUAUUUGCUGUAACCACGUGGAAUCAUCUGUCCUUGUGGCACUGGAGGAUUAUGGGCACAUCUUUAAGAAGGUGACCUGUACAUACCUGCAUGUGCUUGAAGAUGGGCAGGUGGACACCGCCACAUGGGAAAAGAAAGAGGUUUGCUCUCCUCACAGUUCACAGAGCAACUCUGAGGACGGUGAGGAGAGAUUUAGCCCAGAAGAGGUGGAGUUGCCCUUUAUUAGCCGCCAUCUUUCAGACAGAGAGGUGACUGACAUGGGCUUGAAGCUGCCUGCUCUCCGCCAGGUGUUUGAUACUAUUUUAGGCUGCAUGCUUAAUCUGAACUUCCUGUUUCUGACUGGAAAGAAGAUUGUGAUGCAACUGGCAGCAGCUAACAACCAGGACGCAGCUCAAGUACGGUUGGCCUACGAGGCGCUGAUUCGGUUCCUGAGGGCAUCGUCUAACCAGGAAUCCAUUGCAGCAGAGCUCUCCGGGGCCGGUCUCCAUUUCAACUUUUUGGAUGUUUUCUAUGAGCUGCUCAUCGUCGGCUACUACGGGAAUGGCUUUGUACCUGAUCCAUUUGAGGGAGGAUUCUUACAGCGGCUGAUGGCACUCGUCAGCAUGUGGGACCUGGAUGUGUGGGAGCCUGCAGCGGAGCUGUAUUUUACAGUGCUUAUUGAUCAGCUGACAGAACUUUUAGAAGUUCUGUUUUCUCAGCCGCUGGAGCUCUAUGACGACCCAGAAGCCUUGGCCACUGCAUCUACAAGACUCAUGAAGCAGCAUGUCCAGCUGAUGAUGAACACUUUGGAGAACCUCUGAGCUAUGUGUUCCCUUAACCCUACACCUCCCCAUUCCCUGCCAUCCCUCACCCCAGAGAGACACACGCACACACACCCAUCACAUUUCAUACUUAUUUCCUUUACUAACCCCACAUUUGCCCCACAUAGCUCAAGCUCUCCACAGGUAGGUAUAAAUAUAUUUUGUUAUAUUUUAGCUACCUCUGUACAUAAAUGUCUCUUCUUGUCUUUUUUAACAGGUCUUCAGGACUCCAGGACAUCAUUUUUAUAUCAUUUUUAGCCUCUGUAGAAUUUUUCUUUCCCUUUAUCAAUCCCACCACCCCAAUUACCCCCUUAUACCUCUUUGUAGAAUGUAGAAACAGUAUCCUAUAAUCAUCUGUAAAUAGUUCUUUAUCUGUAAAUAGUUUUAUCUUUUAGUA